UACUAUUCUUUAUCCUCUCGCUUGUGAAGGUGGUCGGGCGCACGUGGGGUACGGGCGUUUGGACGGAUAGUAAUUUGUGAAGAUGUUGCAGGCAGGCAGAAUAACGUCCCGGCGUGUAUCUAGGGCAGUUGCCGCCCAAUGCAUGACAAAUUUUGGCACGUUCACCAAACAGAUUGGGCAGCCUGCCCUCACCAGCUUGUUUGUAAAAACGCCGCAGUAUGGAAGCUCCAGAGCAGCGUCGGACGGCCCCGUGCGCGGAGCCGUCAUCGGCAUCGACCUGGGCACCACCAACUCGUGCGUGGCCGUCAUGGAGGGCAAGCAGGCCAAGGUGAUCGAGAACGCCGAGGGCGCGCGCACCACGCCGUCGGUGGUGGCCUUCACGCCAGAUGGUGAACGCUUGGUGGGCAUGCCGGCAAAACGUCAGGCAGUCACCAACUCGGCCAACACAUUCUACGCCACCAAACGUCUGAUCGGACGGCGCUUCGAUGACGCCGAGGUCAAGAAGGACAUGCAGAUGGUGUCCUUCAAGAUCGUGAAAGCGAGCAACGGCGACGCGUGGGUGCAGAGCACCGACGGCAAGAUGUUCAGCCCCAGCCAGGUGGGCGCCUUCGUGCUCACCAAGAUGAAGGAGACGGCCGAGUCGUACCUGGGCCAGCCGGCCAAGAACGCCGUCGUCACGGUGCCGGCCUACUUCAACGACUCGCAGCGGCAGGCCACCAAGGACGCCGGCCAGAUCUCCGGCCUGAACGUGCUGCGCGUCAUCAACGAGCCGACGGCGGCCGCGCUCGCCUACGGCAUGGACAAGACGCAGGACAAGAUCAUCGCCGUGUACGACCUGGGCGGCGGCACGUUCGACAUAUCGGUGCUGGAGAUCCAGAAGGGCGUGUUCGAGGUCAAGUCGACGAACGGCGACACGUUCCUUGGCGGCGAGGACUUCGACAACGCCCUGCUCAACCACCUGGUCCAGGAGUUCAAGCGUGACCAGGGCAUCGACCUGACCAAGGACCAGAUGGCCAUCCAGCGGGUGCGCGAGGCGGCUGAGAAGGCCAAGAUCGAGCUGUCGUCAGCCACGCAGACCGACAUCAACCUGCCGUACCUCACCAUGGACGCGUCGGGCCCGAAGCAUCUCAACAUCAAGCUGUCCCGCUCCAAGCUGGAGAGCAUCGUCGCCGACCUGAUCAAGCGCACGGUGGCGCCCUGCACCAAGGCCAUGAAGGACGCCGAGGUGUCCAAGGGCGACAUCGGCGAGGUGCUGCUGGUCGGCGGCAUGACCCGCAUGCCGAAGGUUCAGUCCACCGUGCAGGAGGUGUUCGGCCGCACGCCGAGCAAGGCCGUGAACCCGGACGAGGCGGUGGCGAUGGGCGCUGCUAUCCAGGGCGGUGUGCUGGCUGGCGACGUGACGGACGUGCUGCUGUUGGACGUGACGCCCCUCUCCAUGGGUAUCGAGACGCUGGGCGGCGUGUUCACCAAGCUGAUCACGCGCAACACCACAAUCCCCACCAAGAAGUCGCAGGUGUUCUCGACGGCGGCCGACGGCCAGACCCAGGUGGAGAUCAAGGUGUUCCAGGGCGAGCGUGAGAUGGCCGCCGACAACAAGUUGCUCGGCCAGUUCCAGCUGGUGGGCAUCCCGCCGGCGCCGCGCGGCGUGCCCCAGGUGGAGGUGUCGUUCGACAUCGACGCCAACGGCAUCGUGCAUGUCAGCGCGCGCGACAAGGGCACCGGCAAGGAGCAGCAGAUCGUGAUCCAGUCGUCGGGCGGCCUGAGCAAGGACGAAAUCGAGAACAUGGUGAAGAAUGCCGAGAUGCACGCCGAGCAGGACAAGGCGCGCAAGGAGCGCGUCGAGGCCAUCAACCAGGCCGAGUCGAUCAUCCACGACACGGAGAGCAAGAUGGACGAGUUCAAGGAGCAGCUGCCGGCCGAGGAGGUCUCCAAGCUGCGCGAGAGUCUGGUCAGCGUCAAGAAGGCGCUGGAGGCCAAGGACGACAUGUCGGCCGAGGACAUCAAGAAGCAGGUCACCGACCUCCAGCAGCAGUCACUCAAGCUGUUCGAGAUGGCCUACAAGAAGAUGGCGGCCGACCGGGAGGGGCAGAGCGGCAGCAGCAGCGGCGGCGACGCCGACAGCAGCAGCAGCAGCAGCAGCAGCGCCGGCGGCGACGACAGCUCCACCUCCAAGAAGGAGGAGAAGAACUGAGCGGCGGCCGCGCCGGGACUCGUCUGUGCUUGCGGAUGUGUGCUUCAUAGUAUCUCAUCAUGUUGUCCGCCGGGGCGCGGCGGCGGCGGCCGGGCCGCGCGUGGCCGCGUCACGGUAUCACCUCAUCAGGCGGCCGGGCCGGGCGCGGCGGGCGCCCACCGCACCGGGGACAGCGCUGGCCGUCAUCCCCCGGGCCCAGACCCCGGUGCCGUGGCGCCCCUGCCGCGCGGCGCCGCGCCCGCUCGGCCCCACAUAUGCGUCUGUGCUAGUGAUAUAUUGUUUAAUAAAUAUCCCAUUUAAACACGA